CGAGAUCGCCACCCCGGAGCUCUUUUAGGGCGUGGGGCGACAUUGACGACCAGUCCCUCCGACUCUGCCACUGCAGCGCUUCCCGUCCCCCAGGCUCUCGAGUCUCCGUCUCCACGCGAUCGGCUAAAUCAGCCGACGAUACACAACUAUUCGAUAUCGCCCGUCGCCUCGCUUGCCGCAGGUCUCUCUCUAACCUCCACCGCCGCCGCCACCAUGUCGACCGCAGGGGCCCCAGACAUUCGCCCGACCGCUGGCGCAGGCCUCAUCGGCGUCUACAUCUCCGUAGCGAUGUACGGCUGGACCCUCUUCCAGAUGGCGCACUAUUACCAGCGCAGCUGGCGCACCGACACGCUGUGGCUGAAGGUCUACGUCUUCUAUAUCUGGGCCGUCGAGACGCUCCAUACAUAUCUCAUAUGUGCGUAUAUCUGGCGGUCCGCGAUUGCUGAGUUCGGCAACCCUCUGGCGUGGGCGGUCACCACAAGAGUCGAUGAUAUCGUUACGGGAAUCACAGGCUUGAUAAUGCUUUCCAUUCAUCUGUUUUACAUCCGGCGACUAUGGAUACUGAGCGAAAAGAACAUACUCCUCGUCGGGAUAGUAACGCUCCUCGCGUUCGCCCACUUUGCCCUCGAGAUUGCCGUGGUGGUCUUGACAAUCGAGUUCCCGAGCUUCGACCAGUUCCACAAAACCACACCAUUCUAUACGGGCUCGCUCGCCAUCGCAGCCGCGGACGAUAUAAUUAUCGCCGCCUCACUGUGCUAUUUCCUGUACACCCGGCGAACAGGCAUCCGCAGCACGGAUACGCUCGUGAACAGGAUCAUCACGUAUUCGAUCAUGACCGGCGCUGUAACAAGUGUGGUCGAUAUCGCUAUCCUCAUCUGCUUCGUGGCGAUGCCGGACAACCUUGUCUACCUCGCUCUCUUCGAUUUCCUCCCCAUCCUAUACGUGACAUCCCUUCUCGCAAUGCUUAACGCACGCGAACACCUACAAAAGAUAUCGACCGUGUCCACAUCCGGCACCGCGUUAUCCGGGUUCGCACUCGGCCACCUGCGCGCCGCGGGCCGCGGCGCCGUCGACAGCGACGGGAACCUACACCACGACCCCGUCUCCAGCAAGCUCGUGUUCGCGUACCCAGGCACUGCGAUCACCACAACGGGGUUGUCGGAGAGCAUGCAAGAGGACGCGGAGGACCGCCCCCGUGGCGAGGUCUAAGUACAUUCUUCCACGGUACAUGCGCCCGUCAAAGCCGCGACGACGGCAAAGCUUGCCCACGGUACCUCUGCGACAAACGCGAAGAGGACCGGUGUAUCUCUAGCAUGCGUCUGUGCAUAUGUUGUACGAACAGACAUUGACUUGGCUCUGUAGAUGUUCCCGCUUGGCAGUGCUUUGAUAUGAUACCUAACGCUCUCAUUUUGCUGUUCACUAUAAUAGAUCCCUGC